AUGAAGUCUCUACAAUUUGUGUUUUUAGUUUUUGGAGUGUUAGCUGUGAGCUUAGGAUCCAUCAAGGCUAUAUCUGAAGAGGAGAGAAACAAAAUUCAUGCAGGAAUGCUACCACACGUGUUGGAAUGCAGCAAAGAGUUUGGCAUCACGGAAGAUGAAAUAAAAGAAGCUAAAGAAUCUGACAAGCUUGGUUCAGUCAACCCAUGCCUAAUGGGGUGUGUGUUUAAGAAAAUUAAUUUAAUAAACGACAAAGGAUUAUUUGACGCCGAUAAGGCUCAAGAGCUAACCCAGAAGUUCAUAGCCAGUGAGGAUGAUCAGCAGAAGACCACGGAUGUUAUUAAGACAUGCUUGUCAGUAAAUGAAAAAGAUGUAAGCGACGGUGAAAAAGGCUGUGACAGAGCUAAGCUUUUGUUUGACUGCUUACUUCCACUUCAAGCAGAGUUCGGCAAAACCCGC